UCUGAUUAGACGCACGUGUUUGGACCCGACCCUACCUAUUUGAGAGUUGAUUGGUCGUCAUUGAUCGCCUCCGUCGCAUCCGAAGUGGGCAUCAAGAUGGAAGAGGCGACGGCCCAACAGAAAGGCCAUAUCAAGAGCGGCAAAGGCCAGAAGGCCGCGGGUCGGAAGAAGCAGCAAUUGAAGAAAGAGGGCGUGAGUGAGAGCGAUGCCCGCAAACGCAACCCCAAGGCCUUCGCCAUUCAAAGCGUGGCCAAGACCGAGCGACGCGUCCGACGCAAGGAGGAUAUCACCGAGAAGCGCGCUCAAGUGCCCACUGUCGACCACACCCCCGUGGAUCCGCCGCCCAUGGUGGUGGCCAUCGUGGGACCGCCCAAAGUGGGCAAAUCCACGCUGCUCAAGGGCUUGAUCCGCAACUAUACCAAGCAAACCCUGAGCUCGAUUCAAGGCCCCGUCACCAUUGUGGCCGGCAAAAAGCAGCGCAUCACCUUCAUCGAGGUCUCCAACGACCUGAAUGCCAUGAUUGAUGCGGCCAAAGUGGCGGAUUUGGCCUUGAUCAUGGUGGAUGCUUCGUUCGGCUUUGAGAUGGAGGUCUUUGAGUUUCUCAAUAUCUGCCAAGUUCACGGGUUUCCUCGGAUCUUAGGCGUGCUCACUCACUUGGACACGUUCACCAAUGCCAAGACACUGAGACGGACCAAGAAAAUCAUGAAACAUCGGUUCUGGACCGAGGUCUAUCAAGGCGCCAAAUUGUUCUAUUUAUCGGGCACGAUUCACGGCGAAUACCAGAAAACGGAAGUCCAUAAUCUCGGCCGCUUUGUGUCUGUGAUGAAACUUCGACCGCUGGUCUGGCGCGAGGCUCAUCCGUACUUGCUCGCCGAUCGGAUGGAGGAUAUCACCAAUCCCGAAGAUGUUCGCUUCAAUGCCAAAUGCGAUCGGUCCAUUUCUCUGUACGGUUACGUUCGGGGCACCAGUUUCAAGAACCAUACCUCGGUUCACAUUCCGGGAUGCGGGGAUUUCCCCAUUUCUGAUAUCAUGUUCUUGCCUGAUCCGUGCCCAUUGCCGCACACGUUGAAAAAGGCAUCCCUGAGUGAGAAGGACAAGAGCAUUUAUGCACCUAUGUCGGGUGUGGGUGGGAUUGUGUAUGAUAAAGAUGGAGUGUACAUCGAUUUGGGAGGUAGUCAUAGUCAUAAUCAUCAGAAACCGCUGAAAGAAGAGGUUUACGACCCAUCGAAUGAGAUGGUCGCAUCCAUGAUUGACAGCCAGAAGACUUUGGACGAGAAGAUGGAGAGCAGUGAGUUGAAGAUCUUUUCCGAAUCCGCGCCCAUCAAAUCCCAAGAUAUCGAGGAAGAGAAAACGAUCGAGCAGCCAGGCGACCGAAUUCGACGAAAAGCUGUGUUUGAUACCGAUGACAAUGAUAUCGCAUUGGAAUCGGACGAAGACGCAGACGAGGUCGAUACCCCCAAAACAAGCUCGAAGCUUAACCAUAAAAAUAAAUCAUUAAUGAGAGAGAUGGGGUUAAGUUCGGACGAUGAGGAGAGCGACAGUGAUUUAGAUUUGGAAGACGAGGACGAAUCCGAUACCGAAGUCGAGCCAGCACGACCCAAAAAGGGAAAAUUGGCCAAGUUGAACAAGGAGUCGUCCGUAAAAUCGGUCGAUAAUGUCAUGAAAUCGAAGAUCACCGAGACUCUGUCCCAAAUUGGGAAAUCGUCCCAAAAAAAAGAGAUUGACAGUGGUCAUGCGACUGAAGAAAAUGAUUCGGAUAUAGCGGACGAAAGUGAUGACGAGGAUCUCAGAGAGCCAGACAAAGAGAGUGAUGGAACUGAAGAAGAGCUCGACGACAAUAUAGACGCAGAUGAGGAGACCGAAGUGGAUAAGACGGCCUGGAAAGAGGAUAUGUUGAAACAGGCCUCACAGAGUUUCUAUGAUAGGUUGUCGAAUACGACAUCACUGAACAAAAUGGUGUACGGUCAAAGAAAUCAAGGCGACCAAGACGAUACCGAAGUGAAUGAGGACGACCAAAUUGGGGGACUGUUUAAGGUCAUCAAACAGAAUCAAGAGAACAAGGCCAGUCACUCGGCCGUUAUGAAUCAGAUCGAUUCCACGCAAUUCGUGGUGGACAAGCUACAAAAUUGGGAAAUAGAAGAAAUAUGUGACUCCAUUCGAGAUUGCUUCGUGACGGGGAAAUGGAAAGAGUCCGAGGAUGCCGAGGCUCUGUUGGGCCUAGAUGACGAAGAAGACGAUUUUGACAUGGAUGGAGAUUUUGAGGAUCUCGAAACUGGCCAAGUUCAUCAAGCCAAAUCGAAUGGAUCGGCCAAAGAUGAAGAGGAUGAAGGACCCCGUGUGAUCGAGGAUGAGAAAGAGCUGAGGAAGAAACGUCUAGAGAAGAAGCGUCAAUUGAAAAUGCAAUUCAACAACGAUUACGACGAAGGUGGCGGGGAUCGAGCUUACCAAGAGGAGCUGAAGAAGGAGGUGGAUCACCAAACCAUGCUGAAUCGGAAUGAAUUUGAAGGCAUGGAAGACUCUCUAAGGGUUCAAUUCGAAGGUUUUCGACCGGGUAUGUACGUGAGGGUGGAACUUCGCUCAUUGCCUUGCGAAAUGGUGACCCAUUUCGAUCCCACCUAUCCCAUUGUAUUAGGCGGUCUUCAAACGGGUGAAGAUCAGAUCGGUUAUGUUCAAGUCAGGUUCAAGAAGCAUCGUUGGUACAAGAAAAUCCUCAAAAACCGAGAUCCCCUGAUCAUGUCCUUGGGCUGGAGGCGAUUUCAAUCCAUGCCCAUCUUCUCCAUCACCGAGCACAACAUGCGGCAUCGCAUGAUCAAGUACACGCCAGAAGCGAUGCAUUGCGAUGCCCACAUUUGGGCCCCGAUCACGCCCCAAGGAACGGGAAUUUUGGCCGUUCAACAGGUCAACGAGAUCGAUGCCCGUUUUCGAAUUGCAGCCACGGGCGUGGUCUUGGAAAUGGACAAAUCCGCCCAGGUCAUGAAAAAACUGAAGCUCACGGGUGAGCCUUACAAGAUCUUCAAGAAGACUGCUUUCAUUAAAGGCAUGUUCAACUCGAGCUUGGAGGUGGCCAAGUUUGAAGGGGCGGCCAUUAAAACUGUGUCCGGCGUGCGAGGUCAAAUCAAGAAAAGCCUUUCAGAAGGAGAGGGCCAUUUCCGAGCCACUUUCGAGGAUAAGAUCCUCAUGAGCGACAUUGUGUUCGUCAAGACUUGGUUCACCGUUGAGAUUCCCAAGUUCUAUGCCACGGUCACCAACUUAUUGUUGCCUCCUGAGCAGAAAUUGAAGUGGAAGGGUAUGCGAACAGUGGGUGAGAUCAAACGAGCCAAGAGCAUUAUGGCCACACCCAAUCCGGACCAUCUCUACACGGAGAUCAAACGCCAGCCCAAGGUGUUCAACGAGCUACAAGUGCCUCGUAAUCUUCAGAAGGAACUUCCCUAUCAUCUGAAGCCGAAGUUUGUGAGCAAAGGUCGUGAGUUCAAUGCCGAGCGUGUUCACGUUGAACUGGACUCGAAGGAGAAGAAGGUGCGGAAUCUCAUGAAGAUGCUCAGUACUGUGGCUAACGAUAAGGCCGACAAGUUGCAAAAGGACAAGUCCAAACGCAUCCAAGACUUGAUCCGACGCAAAGUGGCUAUCGAAGAGAAGAAGUUCAAGAGACAGAAGGAGGCUCGCAGACAAGUGUCGAGAACUUUGAGCAAGAGUCAAGCUCAAAAAGAGCGAAUGGAUUCGCGCCGGGGUGGCAAACGCUCUCAUGAUGAUUAAAUGCAGAAAAACCAAUAAUUAGACGGAAAAAUACAAGCGCUUGUAAAACCGGAGAAA